CAAAGAAGUAGAUGAAAGCCAAAAAAAAAAAACAGUGGCGUUAGCACCGAAAGGACCAUAGUUUUUCCAGCUUUUACUGUUUCUUUGUCAAAGGCGGUAGCUUCAGUCGUGACAGCAUGGCGGCCGCUGCAGCGUCGUGGAGUGAGCACCAGGCGUAUAAAGAGCUGCUGUACUGGGACAGUCUGAUCCAGGAGGGCCACCGGCUCCUGCCACAUGAUUUUGAUAGGUACGAGGAGCUGCGUUAUUGGUAUGACUGCCUGUGCUAUGAGGAGGAGCUGCGACAGUACCACGACUAUAUUGCCGCCGUAGAGGAGAUAGAGGAUCACCGGCAUAAUAAGGAGCCUGAGUCGACCAAGCUAGUCAAGGGGCCAUAUGAUCGCCAUGUGGUAGCCAAACACUCUGAAGUGUAUCCCUCCUCAGAGGAGCUGGCAGCAGUGCAGAAUGUUGUCUCCAAUGUGGAGUGUGCUCUGAAGUCGGUGUCUGACCAGAUGGACACACCGAAAGACAACAAAGACCCUGAGGCUCAGAGUACCAAGUCAAAAGAUCCUGUCCUGCGUGGUGUAAUGCGGGUUGGACUUGUAGCAAAAGGACUCCUCUUGAAGGGAGACCAGGACCUGGAGCUGGUACUGCUUUGUUCCAACAGGCCUACAUCCACAUUGCUUCAAGAAGUGGCUGAAAGGCUAACUGCAGAGUUAGAGACUAUUUCGUCCGGGACGUAUACAGUAAGCCAGUGUAUGGAGGAUGCGGCCAUUAUUGUAAUGAGCACAAAGGAGCCAAUCCUGAAUCUGACUGUCCAUCUGACAUCACCUGUUGUCAGGAUGGAGCCAGAGAGUGAAACUGCUGAAGAAGAAGAAACGCGAACAGUCAACGAUCCGCUGGACGUUCUGGACAGGCAGAAAUGCCUUACUGCCUUGGCGUCUCUCCGCCACGCCAAGUGGUUCCAGGCAAAAGUCAGCAGCCUGAGUUCUGCCGUUAUUGUGAUCCGCGUCAUGAGGGACUUGUGUCACCGUGUUCCCACCUGGACGCCACUCUCAGGAUGGCCUCUUGAACUGCUGGUAGAGAAGGCUAUUGCUACGUGUGAGAGACCACUGGGAGCAGGAGAGGCGUUCCGCAGGGUGUUUGAGUGCGUUGCCUCUGGAAUUCUCCUGCGGGACGGCCCUGGAAUCAAAGAUCCCUGUGAAAAGGAUCCGGUCGAUGCCACCGAAAAGUUAACUCCGCAGCAGCGCGAGGACAUCACGCAGAGCGCUCAGAUCGCCUUGAGGCUGUGUGCGUUCGGACAGAUGCACAAGGUUGUCGGAAGGGAGUACAUACCUGUGAAACCACGGAAAUCGUUCGGUGCCAGCAGCAGAGAAGACGCAGCCCAGAUCCCUCCCGCUCUGUCCGUCAGUCUGCCCGCGAAGAGGCCGUACAACGAGCUGGACAGAGACGAGAAGGCGUCGCAGCUCCACGGCAAACCGAGGAAGUUCGCCAAGUUCCAGAAAGGAAGGAAAUCAUUCACUGAAGACUUCAACAUAAACGCAGUGAUGCGUCUGAACCAGUACAGACCUGGCCUUGAGUACCGGCUCCUAUCGCAGACUGGUCCAGUCCACGAGCCGGUCUUCACCAUGGCUGUGGACCUGAACGGGGUCACCUACGAGUCCACCGGGCCUUCCAAACGAGCUGCCAAGCUUAACGUGGCCACCAAGGUCCUGCAGGAUCUGGGUCUCCCGACAGGCUCAGAAAUAAAACAAGAACCCACUGAGGAUGUUGAAGGAACGGCGAAGGACACGACUGCAGCCUCGACUACGUCAGAAGAUAGCGGCAUGGGGCCCAUCUUGACCAAACAUGGCAAGAACCCCGUGAUGGAGCUGAAUGAGAAGCGUCGCAGCCUGAAGUACGAGCUGUCUGCAGAGACGGGAGGCUCCCAUGAAAAGUGCUUUGUCAUGGAGGUGGAGGUGGACGGGCAGAAAUUCAAAGGGAGAGGCUCGAAUAAGAAGGAGGCGAAGGCGUACGCAGCCCUCGCUGCUCUGGAGAAGCUGUUCCCGGACGACAGUGGACUGUCGAACCCCAACAGAAACUUCUCAAAGAAGAAGCUCACCUACACCGACAUGCACAUCCCAGGAUUCGGGACCAUUCGUGGAAUUCCUUCAGACUCCGCCUCCCGUGGCUGGGGGGGUCCCCACAGAGGUCGAGGCAGGGGCCGGGGCAAACCGUUCUCUUCGGGGCCGAGCUAUAACAACACCAACUACAGUUAUGAGAGCGGCUCUGGCACAGGCUACCAUAAACUCUACGGUAACAACGCAGCCAAAGCCACUGGAUCGACUGAUUCAGACAGCAGCGCCGGUUACGGCACCUUUUACCCCGAGAGCAGCAGCAUCAGCACCACGUACGCCUGCCCGCCCUCCUCCAACGCAAACCCCGACUCCAGCGACAUCAAAGUAGAGAGCUACCAGUCGAUGCCGCCCCCUGCUGACCAGGAGAGCCCUUACAGCUACGGCUACGGAGACGAGAAGAAGAAGAUGCUGACGCAGAGUUCCAGCGACGGCCAGGGAGGAAACUACUCCAUGUACAGCACAGCUUACCCCAGCUCAGUGACGGGAGGCCAAGUUUAUAAUAAUAAUUAUGGCUGGGAUAGCCAGUCGUCCUGGGGGAAUCAGCAGGGGUACAACGUGUACCAGGGCUACGAAGGACAAAACCAGAGCUCGUACACCGGCUACAGCAACAGCAACAACAACGACAACAUGAAUUAUUAAAGAUGACACAACCGUGUACAGACUCUCUCCCCUCCCCUUAUCUCCUGAAUCUGACUGUUCAUGUGAAAAGAUUUUAUCGUGGCAUCCCGCCUCUGAGCGGGAAAAGGAAAUGUGAUGUAUUUUUUUUGCUGUUUCUUUGUUUCCUAACUGUUUACUUUCUCCAGUGAAAAGUAAUUUUAGACGACAGAUUCAGGUUCUCCCACUUUUCUUUUAACUGAUACAGCCCUUAUGUGCAUGUUGUGAAAAAAACAAACAAAACAUGCCCUCAUCCAAUUCUCUUCCUUGGUUUCUAGUGUUUUUUAAAAUUCUAGCAUACUGGUCCUGUGUUAGUGUAUGGGUUUGAUUUAAUGCUGCUUGUUGUUUGAACCGAUUUGCCCAUUUAUGUCACAAAGUGUUCUACUAACUCAAAAAUAAAUGACUCUUACUUUGGA